CUAACAGCAAUUAGCCCGAGAGAGAAGCAUCGGGCUGUCGCUUUGGAAAGAAGUUUGUUUUGUUAAUUGCUCAUGUUAAGCCUAAUUACUGCGCGGGGUGGAGUUGACAUGAGAGAAGGCGGGGGGAGGCUCUUUGCAUAUGGAAACUUUUUUUGAAAUCCCAUCAGCAAAGGCACUUUCGUGUAGUACCGAGUGGAAUGCCAUUCUGUUGCAACGAGAAGUAAAAGCGGGAUCUGGACGAGUACUGGUGUUGUGCACACACGAAGGCUGAGACACGGACCUUUUCACAUGGCAGGCUGCCUCACAGCAUAGCUCGGAAAUAUUACGUGCAGAGGACCCACCGGAGAUGAGAGACUGCACCAUGAAAAUGGACGUGGAGGAUGCCGACAUGACCAAAUGGACAGAGGAGGAAUUUGAAGAGAAAUGUACUUACAUAGUCAAUGACCAUCCAGUGGACCUUAUUUCUGAUGCUGGAAACUUAACCCGCGCUGAGGCUUCUCUUCCGCGAAACUUAAUAUUUAAAUAUGCACCUAAUUCAAAAGAGGUUAUUGGAGUUAGCAGCAAGGAGUACAUCCCAAAAGGAACUCGUUUUGGGCCUCUUGUGGGUGAGGCCUAUAGGAGUGAUGCUGUACCGAAAAAUGCAAAUAGAAAGUAUUUCUGGCGGAUCUAUUCUGAUGGGGAGCUUCACCACUUCAUUGAUGGCUUUGAUGAAGAAAAGAGUAACUGGAUGCGUUAUGUCAAUCCAGCACAUUCGGCACAGGAACAGAACCUGGCAGCUUGCCAGAAUGGAAUGAACAUUUACUUUUACACUGUGAAGGCUAUUCCUGCAAACCAGGAGCUACUAGUCUGGUACUGCGCAGAAUUUGCCAAGAGACUUCACUAUCCACCUUCCCGGGAGCUUGUGAUAAAAAUCCAGCAAAGCCUUAUGGACAAAAAGCAGCAGGCGACCGAGACGGACUGCAUCCAGCAAAAAACAUCCGGAAAGACAGAGCACAGUGUGAGGGAGAUUCUUAAAAUGAACAAUAAGCCUCCUCGCAGCUCUCCUGGAGACUCUGAAAUUCCUCUAAAGAAGCCCAACAUGGAGCGCACUUUCUUGCCUCGGGUGGUAUAUCCCGUCCGUCCUCAUGUCCCAGAGGAUUACUCAAAGUCUAAUCCGGUUUAUGGCCUGGAUUCUCCCAGCUACAUUACUCAAUCUCCGGUCCAGUCAUCUGCCACUCCAAGUCCCACUGCAUGCAGCAAUCUGGAUCACAGUCUUCAAAGUAACAGUCCACACAGCAGCCCCGGCCUUUCAAGCUCUCCUCCAACUCCUUCUUCUCAGGAACCCAAAGAUCUCUUCCCUUACCUUAACAGACUAUACAAUGGCAAAUGCAUCAGUGCCUACCCAAGCUACACUCCCCCCAACCAUGUGUCUUCAGCCUUUUUACAUUCCUACAAUUCAGUUAGCCCUCAUUAUUCGAGAUACCUUUUAUCUCAUUACCCUGUUGGCUAUAGUGGCAUUAAUGGUCUGAAUGAUCUAAGCACAGUUGGUGGGGCUGGCACUAACUUGAAUGGACUAAAUAGCUUUAGCCUGUUCCAACGUAUGUAUCCUCUUUACAACAACUUGCUGGCGGGGAGUGGCCUCACACAACACAUGCUAAAUCAGCCUGUGCUUCCUAGUGUGCUUCCACCCAAAGGAAAUCGACGACUUUUGCUUUCCUUAGAACCGCACAGGGAUUCUCUUAUCCCAGCCCCAAACAGUGCUUUUUCUGCCACUGGUUUGGCCACUAGCCUCAAGGAUAGCCCUCCAAGCCCAAACACUGGCUCUCCCACAGCAGGAACUGCAGCCAUCUUGGACCACUGCAUGCCAAAUAAGUCUACCUCAGCCAUGUUGCCCAGCAGCAUGAAUGAUGACGAAGCUGUGAAUCCAACCAAGGUGAAGCGCAAUAUGUCUGGCUACAAGACUUUGCCUUACCCGUUGAAAAAACAGAAUGGCAAGAUCAAGUACGAGUGUAAUGUCUGCAGCAAGACCUUUGGGCAGCUAUCCAACUUAAAAGUUCAUCUUCGUGUACACAGUGGAGAACGACCUUUUAAGUGUCAAACCUGUAAUAAAGGGUUCACACAAUUAGCACAUCUACAGAAGCACUACCUUGUUCACACCGGAGAAAAACCACAUGAGUGUCAGGUUUGUCAUAAACGUUUCAGCAGCACCAGCAACUUAAAGACUCAUCUGCGGUUGCAUUCUGGGGAGAAGCCUUACCAAUGCAAAUUGUGCCCUGCAAAGUUCACCCAGUUUGUUCACCUCAAGCUGCACAAGCGGCUGCACACCCGUGAGCGACCACACAAGUGCCUACACUGCCAGAAGAGCUAUAUCCAUCUCUGUAGUCUCAAAGUCCACCUCAAGGGCAAUUGUCUAGCUUCUCAGAGUUCUGGCGGACGUUCUUCAGAAGAGCUAAAUCGGGUCAAUGAAGAAAUUGACAAGUUUGACAUUAGCGACAAUGCUGACCGCCUUGACGAGGUGGAUAACAUGGACGUAGAAACGGUAGUGGAGAAACAGAUAUUCCACAUGCUGUGGAGGGAGAUGGACCUUAAAACCUCCUUUCACACGAGCAUUGGCAACGGACUUAUUCCAGGGGGGCUCUAUGAGCCUAGCAAUGAGACAUCUGUCAUUAAGUUGCCUCAGAGUAGCUCGCUGCCUCUUCUACCUCUAAAGGUAAAACAAGAAGCAAUAGAACCCCGAAAUCCUUGAGUCUGAAGGAGGAAAAUGUACAUUUGACUUUUUUGAUGGCCCAGGUACCUGUAGCAAUAUAUUGUACAUUUAUUCUAUUUUUUUGAAUUGCUACAGUAAUGGUCUCGUGUCAGGGGACCUCUAUUCUCAGGGCUUACAAGAGGCACUGGCAGAGUCCCUUCUUUCUUUUUCCCCACUUACGUUGAAGACAAUCAUUUUCUCAAACUUCUCCCCCCCUUUUUUAUGUUUAAUGUGUGUAUCAUUCUUAAUUUAUUAUGCAAUUUAUCAUAGUUGAAGCAAUAAUUUGAUAUAAUGUUUACAAUGAAUUAAUCAUUGUAAUUGAAUAUACUGUACAAUGAUGUUUUUACUUUCUUUAUGGUUGUUCUUUGUUGAUACUUUAUUUCUGUACAUUUUUUUUUUUU